GUCAACGCAAUCUGACUUCCUUCUUAUCACGAACUCCACCUCUUUUGUCGCCUCUCAUUACCCAACACCAGACCUCACAGCAGACCACAGUCGCGACAUCGCGACAUCGCGCCUUCUUGCCACCUUGAUACCAGCAAACACAUAAAUAGUGAUCUGAUCAGUCAGGUACCACCAAAAUGGCUCCGCAACAUGUGAACGUCCUCCUCUCGACAAUCCCUGGUCUCUGUCUUCCCUCGACUCUCUCAUUCUCACUCCCCUCAACAUCGACCAUCACAGACCUCACUGAAAAGAUUUCCUCAUAUAUCCCGCCAUCCGUAUCGCUUCAAUCACUCAUCUUGACCACGACUAGCAACAAACAAAUCUUUCCUUCAUCUGACAUUUCAAUCUCUAACCUAAUUGCUCCUAAUGGCGAAAUCAUAACCUCAAAUCUCCUCCCCCUCCGCCUUUCAGUGCCCCUAUGCGGAGGAAAAGGUGGUUUCGGUUCCCAGCUUCGAGCAGCCGGUGGGCGCAUGUCAAGCAAGCGGAAGCGCAACCAGGGCGAUGAUAAUGGCUCCAGUCGCAACCUCGACGGGCGCCGUCUCCGUACCGUCAACGAAGCCAAAGCGCUAGCCGAGUAUCUUGCAGUCAAGCCUGAGAUGGACCGCAAGGAAAAAGAGGAGCGCCGAAAGAGGUGGCAAGCUGUUGUCGAGGCCGCGGAAAAACGCGAGGAAGAGCUCAGGAACGGUGGCGGGAAGCAGAAGAUUGACGGCCAAUGGAUGGAAGAUAAAGAAGAAAUGAACGAGAAAGCUAGAGAGGCCGUCCUGGCGGCGAUGAAAGAUGGCAUGUGGACGGAUAAUCUUCACGAUACCAUUCGCGACAACAUUUUGGGAGGAUCUAGUACAAGUGCCAGUGAAGGAAGCGGACGGAAUUCUACUUCUACCUCGGAUGAAGAGAGUGAAGAAGAGCAAGAGAUGAAGGAUGCGCCGGGACCGUCAGCGCCGGCUCCCAAGUCUGCGGCGCCGCGAAGGUUUAUUGGAUUUGAUGAUGACGAUGAGUUUAUGAGCGAUUCGGAGGAAGAAGAAGACGAUAAGGUUGAUGAUACCGAAGAGAAAGGCAAGGCGAAGGCUUGAACUGUGUCUUGUGCUGUUUAUCUUUCGUUAAAAAUUUUUUUUUUUUUUUCAUUUUUCAUUGUUGCGCUCUGUUUUCUUGAUGUAGCGAAAGGCCUUAGCGGUGAGAAU